CUCAGUUGGCCCGCCAUCAAAAUGGCUCGUUCUGUUUCCCACAAUCGGUUGAAAUGCAACAUUGAAUCGAAUUUUGCUGUUGCAGUAGCUGCGUUUUGGGUGAAUUUCUGCAUUUUAGGAGUGCUCAGGUCUAACGCAGUCAUAUUCCAUGCUUUGGUAGAUGCUUUUGAGAUAAACAGAGAAGAUGCCGCUUGGCCUUCUGGGAUAUCCGGAUUCUUCAUGUGCGUGACAGGUGCUUUAUCCGGUUUCCUCAGCCAUUACAUUAGCAUACGAUUGCUAGCAACAUUUGGAUGCAUCGUAGCUGCAUUAGCAGUUAGUAUAUGCAGUUGUGUCUCUCACAUGCAGCAUCUAAUUUUAUUAUAUGGAGCUUUGCAAGGCAUCGGAGUCGGGAUGAUUGUACCAUUAACCCAUGUCAUUUUGAACCAGAAUUUCACCAAAUAUCGGGCAGUGGCAUUGGGCAUUGCUUAUUCCGGUUCAUCUGCUGGAUCGUUUGUGUUCCCACCUAUCACGAACUUUCUCAUGUCCUAUUAUGGGCUAUCUGGAACGUUUCUUUUACUGGGAGGCAUAAUGCUUAAUGCAGUUUUAGGGACAAUGUUUUUCAGACCGACGACAAAGAAGACCACAGAUGAGCCGACGAAGAUUUCUCAGCAAUCAGGAAAUCAGCACAAGAACAAAGAAAGACAAUUCGUUGAUUCAGAUAACUGUCAGCAAAUGCAGUACGUAGAUGAUCUUCGAAGAAUACCUCAGAUUUAUGAAAACAGCAAGAAUUUCGAGGAAGUAAAAACUUUAAAGACCUGUGACAACAAUUUAACAGCAAUUCACAGUGGGGAAGAAACGAAAAGUCGUCGAUGUUUACCAAAUGUGAUUCUAGCAAUGGACGUCUUAACUAGUCCAGCGUUUUACAUUGUUUCCAUUGCUUAUGCAAUUUAUUUUUCAUCAUCAGCCAUAUUUCUGAUGGUUAUCAUCGAUUAUGCACUAGACAGCGGAGUACCCGUUCACAUUGGAGUGUAUCUUGUAUCAGCUUAUUCCAUCGGUGACUUGGUGGGUCGUCUUUCAUGCGGCUGGAUUGCGGACUUUCAAUGUAUCCGAAGGAACACUUUGGUUCGUCUGUAUCUCAUCGUCCUGGGCACGUUGACAGCCCUGUUACCUCUGGUUUCCUUCGAAGCGCUGAUGGUAGCAUCUAUCUUCCUUGGCAUUGUAAAUGGCGCCGUAAUUGUCAAUCAUUCCGUCUUGCUCAAUGAAUACUUAGAUCUAGAAAAGCUUCCGGUUGCAAUGGGAUUCUCCACUUGUUUCGUAGGGUUGAGCACUUUCUUGAGACCUAUCGUCAUUGGAAUUUUUCGUGAUAAUCAUCAAAGUUAUGACUCGUUGUUCGUAUCCCUGGGACUAUUGAAAAUUUUCGUCGCUUUGUUAUGGUUUUUAGAAACUGUCCCCUUCGUGAAACGACGUUGCUGUAUUGUAGACAAAACUGUAUAAUGUAC